UAACCUAGGCUGUUACGUCAUCAUCAGGCGCCAUUGGCUGGAUGGCGCCAUCCUGACAGCGUGUGUGUACACAUCAGCUAGAGUCGAAACUAAACAUUGUUUUGAUUUUGGGGGAGUAUUCUUUUUUUCGUGUACCCUUUUUUUUGUCCCAGCUCGCUCUCCCAUGGACAUCCAGAGUGCCAGCUCGGUGGUCCUGCAGGCCCUGACCCAGGCCACCAGCCAGGACACGACGGUGCUGAAGCCCGCCGAGGAGCAGCUCCGCCAGUGGGAGACCCAGCCCGGCUUCUACUCGGUGCUGCUGAACAUCUUCAACAAUCACAUGCUGGAUGUGAACGUGAGAUGGCUGGCAGUGCUGUACUUCAAGAACGGCAUCGAUCGCUACUGGAGGAGAGUGGCACCACACGCUUUGUCGGAAGAGGAGAAGACGUCCCUCCGCGCUGGCCUCGUCACAAAUUUCAACGAGCCAAUCAACCAGAUCGCCACCCAGAUUGCGGUGCUGAUUUCCAAGGUGGCGCGGCUGGACUGCCCACGCCAGUGGCCCGAGCUCAUCCCCAUCCUGCUGGAGUCGGUGAAGGGGCAGGACGGCCUGAAGCAGCACCGCGCGCUGCUCACCUUCUACCACGUCACCAAGACCCUGGCCUCCAAGCGCCUCGCCGUAGACAGGAGGCUCUUCCAGGACCUGGCUGCGGGCAUCUACAGCUUCGCCUGUUCCCUGUGGAACCACCACACUGACACCUUCCUGCAGCAGGUCUGCAGCGGGGACCAGGAGGCUGCUCUCAGCUCCCUGGAGCGAACGCUGCUCUCCCUCAAAGUAUUGAGGAAGCUGACGGUCCAUGGAUUUAUCGAGCCUAGCCAGAACAUGGAGGUGAUGGGCUUUUUGAACUCGGUGUUUGAGAGACUGAAGCAGUUUCUGGAGUGCUGUCGGCCGGUUCAGCCGGGAAACGUCUGCAGAGAAAAGCUAGAGAAGACUAUCAUUUUAUUCACAAAAGUACUUCUGGACUUCCUGGAGUCCCACCCGUACCCGUUCAUCCCGCUGAUCCAGCGCUCGCUGGAGUUCGCCGUCGGCUACGUGUUCACGGAGGCGGGCAAGGGCGUGGUGUUCGAGCGCUUUAUCGUGCAGUGCAUGAACCUCAUCAAGUUGAUCGUCAAGAAUGAUAGCUACAAACCAAACAAAAACAUUGAAGACAGUAAACCUGAGAGCCUAGAAGCGCACAAGAUCAAGACGGCCUUCUUCACACACCCCACGCUGACGGAGAUCGGCCGAAGGCUGGUGUCCAACUACUUCCUGCUCACCGAGGAGGAGCUGGCCAUGUGGGAGGAAGACCCUGAGAGCUUCGCUGUGGAGGAAACAGGAGGAGACUCAUGGAAGUACAGUUUACGGCCAUGUACAGAGGUGUUGUUCCUGGACAUCUUCCACAACUACAGCCAGACGUUAACCCCUGUGCUCCUGGAGAUGGUGCAGAAUCUGCAGGGUCCCACCAAUGUGGAGGAACCAGUUCAGCUGCUUAUGAAGGAUGCAGUAUACAACGCAGUGGGGCUGGCAGCCUACGAGCUGUUCGACAGUGUCGACUUUGACGUCUGGUUCAAGAACCAGUUACUGGCCGAGUUGCAAGUGAACCACAACAGGUAUAAACUAAUACGAAGGAGAGUCAUUUGGCUGAUAGGACAGUGGAUUGCAGUGAAGUUCAAAUCGGACUUGCGACCUUUGCUGUAUCAAGUCAUUCUCAACCUUAUGCAAGACCCUGAUCUUGUGGUGCGGAUCGAAACAGCCACAACCCUCAAGCUAACCGUGGAUGAUUUCGAGUUUCGAACAGAACAGUUCUUACCGUACCUGGAGUCCAUCUUUGGGCUGCUCUUCCAGCUGCUGCAGCAGGUCACGGAGUGUGACACGAAGAUGCAGGUCCUGCACGUCAUCUCCUGUGUCAUAGAACGGGUCCACAUUCAGAUCCGACCCUACGCUGGCUGUCUGGUGCAGUACCUGCCUCUCCUCUGGAAGCAGUCGGAGGAGCACAACAUGCUCCGCUGUGCCAUUCUCACCACUCUCGUCCACCUUGUACAGGGCUUGGGGGCGGAGAGCAAGAACCUGUACCCCUUCCUGCUGCCGGUGAUUCAGCUCAGCACGGAUGUUUCACAGCCACCGCACGUGUACCUGCUGGAGGACGGCCUGGAACUCUGGUUGGUGACCUUAGAGAACAGCCCAGGAAUCACACCAGAGCUGCUUAGAAUAUUCCAGAACAUGUCAGCUUUGCUCGAGUUGAGCUCAGAGAACGUGCGGACAUGCUUCCAGAUCAUCAAAGCCUACAUCUACCUUUCAGCCACCGAGUUUUUCCAGAGCUAUGCUGAAGGUCUAUGCAAGUCCUUCUGUCAGUUGAUGAAGGACAUCACUAUGGAGGGCCAGGUUCAAGUACUGAAGGUGGUGGAGAUUGCCUUGAAAGUAAGCCCAGUGUUGAGCUCUCACAUGUUCCAGCCCCUCCUGCCGCCCGUGUUCAGGGGGAUUGUAGAGGGAGAGCGGUAUCCUGUUGUGAUGUCAACGUACCUUGGAGUCAUCGGCCGCAUCCUCCUACAGAACUCCAGCUUUUUUUCCUCUCUACUUUCCCAAAUGGCCCUGGAGUUCCAACAAGAGAUGGACCAGCUGUUAGGCAAAGUCAUCGAGAUGUGGGUGGACCGGAUGGAUAACAUCACGCAGCCCGAGAGGAGAAAGCUCUCUUCCCUGGCCCUGCUGUCCUUGCUGCCAUCAGAUAACAGUGUAAUCCAGGACAAGUUCUGCGGCAUCAUUAACAUCUGCGUGGAGGCCCUGCACGACGUGAUGACCGAGGACUCCGAGACGGGGACCCUCCGAGACUGCAUGCUCAUGACCCAUUUCGAGGAGCCUAAGGUGACUGAGGACGAGGAGCCGGCCACAGAGCAGGACAAGAAGAAGAAGAUGCUGGCCCUGGAGGACCCCGUCCACAGCGUGUCCCUUCAGCAGUACGUCUACGAGAAGCUGAAAGCCCAGCAGGUGCUGAUGGGAGACCAGGGCUUCCAGGCCCUCAUGGAGACCGUGGACACGGAGAUCGUGCGACAGCUGCAAGAGUUCUUGAAAGGACUGUAAAGGUCUGGAUGCCCCUGGCCUCAGGAGACUUAAGAGGGAAAACACGUUUUUUUUUUUUUCUUUCUUUUUUUUAAACUACAACAACAACAACAACAAUAGUCACCUCACAUCGCCAAUAAUGCGCCAUCUUUUCAACAAACACUACCCAAUGAACAGAGAUUCCAUUCAACAGUUUUUCCCCCAACACUAUUUUGUACUGUUGGGUCGAUCAGCCAACGGAGUGUUUGUAUUCCGAUAGAAGGGGAGCACUGUCUAAAUACAGUGGACACGAGUAGAGUUGCCUCUACUACUAUUAUUUUGGUUUGUUGGAAAAAAACAGGCCCCUGUAAGAGAUUUUGGAUCCAUGAACUGGUGAACACAAGGGGUUGUUACUAAUGUAAGGAAAAUAAAUGUAAUUUUGUAUUUAUGUAAGAUAAGCCUGCAUGAGGAGGAGGAUAUUUUUAUUUUGAUCUCUAUUCUCUUUUCUACAAAACCCCUAAUGUCAAUACAACCUAACUACUGAUGGAUAUUUUCAUAAUGACUUCAAAGCCUGCGGAUAGGACGGUUGUAUUAAUCGAAUGUUUGCUUAACCCACAAUCCUGUGCUGCUACUACACACGCUCCAACCCUGUUGUCUUCGAAACGCAAGACACAACAUUUCACAUUGUCAAGGGAGUUUUUACUUGGUAGCAAGUUACAACAAUAACAAUUUCUAUGAUUUCCAAGAAUAUGCUUCGACUGUAAAGAAAUUUGAUUUGAUUUGCUUGAAAUAAUGUGUGUCCAUUUCUGAGAGUUUUAGGGGGUGAAUUUCACUCUAGGGCAAACUUUCACUGUGACGAGCUUUGUCAUUACAAAGGCCUUAUGCUGUUAAGCUUACUUUAACCAAUAAAGAGAAGACAACA